AAUAGUCUCUGUACCGUGACAAAAUUAUCUUUUACUUGUCAGGCCCUUCCGUUAAAGCCUCCUGUGGUCCCCACAAUUCCAUCAUAUCUUUGUCUACGUCAACAAUUCCAUCCACAUCGAAUCAUUGAACGUCACAAACUAGGUUUUGGAAAAGAAAACGCCCCCUCCUGAGCCUCCUCAUCCUACACUCCUCCAUUGCUUUAUAAUCUUAUCGCCGAUCCGACAACCCCACACAACCCUCAACCAGAAAGCGAUCUUUCUGGGUAUGAAAAUGGCCUCCUCGACCACCCUCACUCUCCUCUUCUUCCCCUUCCUCCUCCUCACCAUCUCCCACGCCACCACCUUCGACAUCGUCAACGAAUGUUCCUACACCGUGUGGGCCGCAUGGGCAGCCCCCGGCAACGUCGGCGGCGGUCAGCAGCUCAACCAAGGCCAGAACUGGACAGUAACCGUCAACACCAGUACCGCCGCUGGCCGCAUCUGGGGCCGUACUGGCUGCUCCUUCGAUGCCAACGGCAACGGACACUGCCAGACCGGCGACUGCGGCAAACUCGCCUGCACCUCCUAUGGCUCCCCACCCAACACCCUCGCCGAAUUCGCCGUCAACCAAAACUCCCCCCCUUACUACACCAACCGCGACUUCAUCGACAUCUCGCUCCUUCAAGGCUUCAACAUGCCUAUGGACUUCCGCUCCACCUCGGCGAGCUGCAGCCAAGACAUCCAAUGCAAUGCCGACGUCGUUGGACAGUGCCCCAACGCGCUCAAAGUGCCCGGCGGCUGCGAUGACCCGUGCACCAUCUUCAAGACAGCUCAAUACUGCUGCUCUAGCGGCUCCAGCUGUGAGCCGACCAUCUAUUCCCAGUUCUUUAAGAGGCUGUGCCCGGAAGCGUAUAGCUACCCCGAAGAUGAUACCACCAGCACUUCCUCCUGCCCCGGUGGGACCAGCUAUCGGGUGACCUUCUGCCCUUGAGGCUUUGAGAGCAUGUUGAUCCAUGCAUGAGUCGGUUUGGAGUAUGUGAUAGCUUUAAAAUAACUUGAUUGUAACAAGAUUUACGAGCCACACAGGCCCUGUUAUGCAUGCAGCAUUAUUGGAAUAAUAGAAACGCUGCAUAAUUGUUUAA